AUGUCAUCCUCCCCGCACCCUAAUCUCGACGCCCUCCAACGUGACGGCUUCGUCGUCAUCCGCAACCUCCUCACCCCCUCCGAAAUCAACCACUACCGCACCAUCGCCACAGCAGCAACCACCAAAACCCGCACCGGCGGCUGGCCACACUUCCGCACCGUCCCCAAACAAUUCCCCCCUGGCCAACAACUCCACCCCCAGCUUCAGAGGGCGGCAUCUGGGUCCAUCCUCGCCGUCGCAGGCGAAUUAAUGGGCGUUUCAGCGCGCACAGGCGAAGACGAACCCCUCGUCAUGGAACUAUUCAAUCUCCUCGUUGCGCCGGAAACAAAGGACUUCGAACUACGCUGGCACCGCGAUGAUAUCUCCGAAAAGGCUUCUGCGGAGGAAGAACUCCGCCAACUCGCUGCCAAGUCGCCUGGUGGUCGCCAGAGUCAUGCGCAGUAUAACUUGGCGCUAUGCCCGGACGCCUCGUUAAUUGUUAUCCCUGGUUCGCACCGUCGUGCCCGCACUGAUAUCGAGCGGAAUGCGGAUCCGUACGAGUCCGUUUUACCGGAUCAAUUGGUUGUGCAGUUGCAGCCUGGUGAUGCGGUGUUUUACGAUAGUAAUAUUCUGCAUCGGGGUGUUUAUAAGGGCAAGGCUGAGGGCGGGGAGGAGAGUCGGUUGACGUUGCAUGGAAGUUUGGGGUUGAAGGCUGCUGAUGCAGCGGAUGCGGAGUCGAAGAAGGUGCGUGCUACGGCGGUGUUGCAGCAUGGAGUGGGUGCGUGGGUGAACCGUGAGGAUGCGGCGUUUGGUCUUGGGGAGAGGCCCGAGAAGAUGAGAGCGAAUUUGGUGGCGAUGGGGAGUGGAGAGGGUGUUGGGUAUUCGUUGCAAGGGUAG